CGCCCCGGAAAAGCAAGACCGCCACCAUCUUUUCGGUCGGGAGGUGAGUCAGCCUUGCACCCUCACGCCCCCUCCGAGUGUUUUCCGCCUGAGCGUCGCUAGUCGCUACCUAGCCGGCCGUUUUAGGAUGGAGAAGUCGCGGCCGCCGGCGGAGGCUGAGCGACUGAGGGCAGAAGUUUGGAUUCCCUCGGCUCUCCUCCCCGGCUUACCCAGCAGCGCUGCUACUUCUGUCGGUACAGUACCUGGCGACUUGCUCUCUGCGCUCUCCUUUCCUCUUCCGUCAAGUCGCGACAGCGGGAGUAACUCUCGGGUCGAGCUGUGAUUCGCAGGAAACGAGACGCUACGUGUCCGGAGCUUUGAAAGGGGGCGGCACGGGGUAACGGGUUGGCCAUUGCUAACAGGAGUUCUCUGCCCCGCUCCCUUCUGCCUGGAAGCCGCGGUGCAGGGAGCGGGGCCCGGGCUCUGCGAGCAAUGGCGCGGCCCGGCUGCCAGCCUCCCGGAUACCCAGCUCUUCCCGAGCUUUCCACCUGUCUCCUUCAGGAGCCCCGAGCCGCCCGCGCCCGCGCCCGGGGAUGUCCGCUGCAGUUUAUCCGCGGGGCAUUCGCCGUCGUGUCGUCCCACCGCGUCCUGCUCUUCGCGUCCCCUGACUUCGGGAAGGGGAGGAAGGACGGACUUCUGGGUAAAUUUACUUGAAGUGAUGCUUUUUAGAAAGCUAAUACCAGUGUGGAUAAAAUGUUACUAGGUGGGCAAAAAAUUCUGCAAGAAAAAGGGCCUCCUGGUUCUUUGAAUUUUCCAUCUGCUCGUUUAGUCUGUGGAACAACCUUCUGAGUUAUGUCUUCUCAGGACUCUGACCUUCCCCAGAAAGAGCAGGAGAAAAUGACCAAGUUUCAGGAGGCGGUGACGUUCAAGGACGUGGCGGUGGUCUUCACCGUGGAGGAGUUGGGGCUGCUGGAUUCCACCCAGAGGAAGCUGUACCGAGAUGUGAUGCUGGAGAAUUUCAAGAACCUGGUCUCAGUGGGACAUCUUCCCUUCAAGCCAGAGAUGGUUUCUCAGUUGGAAGCAGAAGAAGAGCUUUGGAUGAUGGAAGGGGAACCCCAACAAAGUGUGACCAGUGAGGACCACAUGGCUGUUCCUUCAGGCAGCAAGAAUCAAAAUGAGAUGGAGGCCCUUCGAAAAGUUGCACUGAAAUACCUUUCCCAUGAAGAACUAUCCUGCUGGCAAAUCUGGAGACAGGUUGCAAGUGAUUUAACCAGGUGUCUUCAGAGAAAGCAUUUCCAGUUACCACAUGGUGAUUCCAUUCAGGUUUCUGAACAUGAAAAUAGUGUCGUGAAUCAUAAAGGAAAUGGCUCCACUUGCACUGCCGAUCAAGAGUUGUCAGUUUCGAGAACCCAGGACGCCUGUGGGAACACAUCCCUGCGUGAGUCACAGAAUCAGAGCGGAGAUCCGCAAGUUCAUGGGAAAAAUAACCGGUGUAUAUGUGAAGCCUUCAUGAAGAGAUCGCCCGUCAGUGAUCUUAGUAACCCUGACACAGAACAGAAACCUUACAAAUUCAACACGUGUGGCAAAAGCACGAGUGACGGCUUCAUUCCUCAUGUAGCCCCAGGAGAGGAAUUCCGUCCAUGUCAUGAGUGUGGAAAGGGCAUCGGGUAUAGCUUGGCGCUCCCACGUCAUCAGAACGUUUGCACGAGAGAGAAAUGCUCUAAUCAGAGCUCUCAUCUGCAGACCCAUCAGAGAAUUCGCCCAAGAGAGAAACUCAACAAACGUCGUGGAUCUGAUGCUUGCUUUAGUAAGAGCUCUUUUCAUCAACUUAACCAUACGGGGGAGAAGGCCUAUAGAUGUGACAGUUGUGGCAAGGGAUUCAGCAGCAGCACAGGCCUUAUCAUUCAUUACAGGACUCACACUGGAGAGAAACCUUAUAAAUGUGAGGAGUGUGGGAAAUGCUUUAGUCAGAGUUCAAACUUUCAGUGCCACCAGAGGGUCCACACUGAAGAAAAACCGUAUAAAUGUGAAGAGUGUGGUAAGGGCUUUGGUUGGAGUGUUAAUCUUCGCGUUCAUCAGAGGGUCCACAGGGGUGAGAAACCCUAUAAGUGUGAAGAGUGUGGGAAGGGCUUCACUCAGGCUGCACACUACCACAUACAUCAGAGGGUCCACACUGGGGAGAAGCCUUACAAAUGCGACGUCUGCGGUAAGGGCUUCAGCCACAAUUCACCGUUAAUAUGCCAUCGGAGAGUCCACACUGGAGAGAAACCGUACAAAUGUGAGGCGUGUGGGAAAGGCUUUACCCGCAAUACAGAUCUUCACAUCCACUUCCGAGUUCACACGGGAGAGAAACCCUACAAGUGUAAGGAGUGUGGGAAGGGCUUCAGUCAGGCUUCUAAUCUUCAAGUCCAUCAGAAUGUCCACACGGGGGAGAAACGAUUCAAAUGUGAAACAUGCGGGAAGGGCUUCAGUCAGUCAUCAAAGCUUCAGACCCAUCAGAGAGUCCACACUGGAGAGAAGCCAUACAGAUGUGAUGUGUGUGGUAAGGACUUCAGUUACAGUUCCAAUCUGAAACUGCACCAAGUGAUUCACACUGGAGAAAAACCAUAUAAAUGUGAGGAGUGCGGGAAGGGCUUCAGUUGGCGAUCAAAUCUUCACGCUCAUCAGAGAGUCCACUCUGGAGAGAAACCCUAUAAAUGUGAGGAGUGUGAUAAGAGCUUUAGUCAGGCUAUAGAUUUUCGGGUACAUCAGAGAGUCCACACUGGAGAGAAACCCUACAAAUGUGGUGUAUGUGGUAAGGGCUUCAGUCAGUCCUCUGGUCUUCAGUCCCAUCAGAGAGUCCACACUGGGGAGAAGCCAUACAAGUGUGACGUCUGUGGAAAGGGUUUUAGGUACAGUUCGCAGUUUAUAUACCAUCAAAGAGGCCACACUGGAGAAAAACCUUAUAAGUGUGAGGAGUGUGGGAAAGGCUUCGGAAGGAGCUUGAACCUUCGCCAUCAUCAGAGGGUUCACACAGGAGAGAAACCCCAUAGGUGUGAGGAGUGUGGUAAGGCCUUCAGUCUCCCCUCAAAUCUUAGGGUCCAUUUGAGUGUCCACAUUAGGGAAAAACUGUUUAAAUGUCAGGAGUGUGGUAAGGGCUUCAGUCAGAGUUCACGUCUUCAGGCCCAUCAGAGAGUCCACACUGGAGAAAAACCCUACAAAUGUGACAUCUGUGGUAAGGACUUCAGUCACCGUUCGCGUCUCAUGUACCAUCAGAAGGUCCACACUGGCAGAAAUCGUUAAAAGUGAAGACUGUGUUAAUGGCUUUGGUCAGGAUGCAUAUCGUGCGUUUGGAGAGUCUGUGCUGGUAAUAAACUGUCAAGCAUUGAGAGUGGAAAGGGAUUUCUUCAGAUAGAAUCUUUCUAACAAAUCCACUAAAAUGAUGACAUGGAACCAUAAUAAUAGGAAUAGAACUAAUAUUCAGGGCAGGAAUGUCUUGCAGCCCUCUUGGCAAGAUCCAAGUGAUAUAAAUGGUCUUUAAGAGUGAAUAUAUGCCCCCCCCCAAAAAAGUGAAUAUAUGCCUAAGAAUAAGGCGUGAAAAGGAUAUUUGCCAUAUACUAGCUAGUUUGGGAGGGGGUCAGGAAAGUUUUUAGGAUAAUUUCCCCUUUAACUUACAUUUUAUACUUAUUUACAGUGACUUUUAUUUUUACGGAAGCUGUAAAGCUAUGAAAAAUGAAUAAAAUUACUGACUAAAAUUUCCUGUAACCAAGAACUCAUAAUAUGAUUGCUCUGUUUCCUAUGGUAUAUUGGAUUAGAAUUAAGGAAUAGGUCCCCAGUGAUGAAUCUUCGAUCUUCAGCAGUAAAUUCGUAUCUGCUGUAAGUGUAUGUAAAAGAAUGGUCAUUGGGUCAUUGUUUAUAAUAGCAAACAUAGAAACCAUCAAAUGGAUUGCCGAAGUAUUUUAUGAUUAUUAAUCCAGUGGAACGCUAUGCAGACAUCAAACGGGAAAAGGUAAAUUGUAAUUAAGUAUGUUGGAAGAUGUCCAGCAUAUAUUAAUCUGAAAAAAUAAAGCACAGGAUUUUUAUGUGA